CCCUGUUCCAAUUUUCGCUAUUGGUAACAAUGCAAUAUGGUUUGUUUCACAGCUGUUUUAUUGUGCUUUUGUAUGAAAAAAUAGUAUCGUGGGGUUUCAGUUGUAAGGUGAAUUGAAACUUUUAUAAUAAAAAAAGAACAAAAAAAUGUCGGGCGGGUUAUAUUCUAAAUCCACAAAUCCAUUCGAUAAUGAUAUAUACGGUAAUGGUGCAAAUCCUUUCGACGACGUCGACGAUGAAACUUUCUUGAAGAACUCCAGGAAACUCCAAAGCAACCAUAAUAGUUUUGACACGCAAAUUCAAAACUUUCAGGACAAGAAACGGGCUAUAGAAGAAAGCACCAUUAGAAGCACUGAGCAAAGUAUAAGUAUACUGAGGGAUUCAGAACAAAUCGGAAUAGCCACAGCAGAAGAGCUGAUGAGGCAGCGAGAGAAGCUUGAAAAGACAGAUAAGCAACUUGACGAGAUAAACAACACUUUGCGAUUCUCACAGAAGCAUAUAAAUGGCAUUAAAUCCGUGUUUAGCAGCUUGAAGAAUUACAUGUCGGGCAAAGCGGACAAGAGCCCCACUACAUCUAGUUCAACGCCCAGUACUGUCCGAGAAUCCACGUCAAAUGCUAACCUCCAGCAGCAACUAUCCUCUUAUGAUCGUUAUGAUGAACAUCCAACAACAAGAUUAAGGGGCAAUGAUUAUAAUGCACUGCCGUCUCAGCAGGCUUCAGGAAGCAAAGAUUUUAGUGCUCGAUUGGAUGCCAAUCUGCAAGAAAUGUGUGAUAAUAUUUCUCGAUUAAAAGGAUUGGCCUCGGAACUCGGGCAGGAGAUAGACACGCAGAAUGAUUUAAUCGAUAAUAUCACCUACAAAGCUGAGAAAGCAGAUAUUACGAUCGGCAAACAGAAUAAAGAAAUGGUUAAGAUACUGAAAAAGUAACCAAAAUACUCCACUGUUAAAUUAUUUUGAAACAUAGUUCAAUUUAUAAAUUAUAUUUUGUUAUAUAUUUGAAUUUUAUUAGUUAAAUAAUUUAAGUGGGCCAAUGUUAUGUGUAUUUAUAUGUACAUAUAAUUGAAU